ACAGUCACAGUAAUACCUUUAAAAUAAGCUGACCGUCUUGAACGCUACCGGGCGGCGGGCCUGUGUUUUUACACAGAUCUGACAGUAUCCUUUAUUAUCCUACUGCACGAAAACACGUAAGCAAAGUAAAAGAAAGUUAUGAAACCACGCAAACAGUCACUUACCGGGUAGUGUCAAAUGAGUGAUAGCCACGAACAUACAUUUUUUAUUUUACUAAUAAAAGCUAAAGAACUGUAAUUUGUUUCAAUUCUUAAAAUGGCUCUGCUUAUUAAAGCUAGUCUAUACAGCGCAAUAAUUGUAUUACUCGUCCAGUAUUCUGAUGCAGUCAAUAAAUAUUCAAAGGAAGCCAAUACGCUUAAUUCACAAAAAGCUAAAACAGCUUUUUCAGCUUCUGAGCAGUUAGAAAAAUUAAGACAUUUAGAUAAACCUUUUCGCAUGCACAAAUUGAAUAUGGUUUGGACAAAAGCAAAACAUCGACUGCCUAAUCCCAAACUUCAAUCAUUAUACAGUGAUUUACACAUUCAAGAUAAAGAGGAAAUAGCUUUCAAACAUUAUAGGGCUGAUGGAAAAGAUGAAGGAGGAUUAGGAGAAGCCAGAUUAAGAAAAAAACUACUUGGCAUUAUGGAACGAUAUGACUUGCUUGAGCAUUUCGAAGAAGUAUCUAAAAGUCAAAAAAAUAAAAAAAAGUUUAAACCAUAUGAAGAUUCCAAAAACAUUCCAGUCCCUGAAGUUUUCAAAAAUGCUAAAUUGAAUGAACUGUGGGCUAAGGCUGAACGAGGAGGAUUUACCACGGAAGAAUUAGAAGCUUUGAAAGAAGAAUUUGGUCAUCAUCAAGAUAAAAUUGAUGAAUACAUGAGUUUGAUAGAAAAUUUUGAAUCUGAAACGCCUGAUGCUAAACAUAAACACAAAAAUAGCUUGGAUGAAUCUCAUGAAAAAUGGAAUGAAAUAGAAUAUGCAGAAGAAGAUGAGAAUAAUGAUAUUCCAAAACAUGAUAAAGAGUAUCACGACAAUGCUAAAUUAAUCAAACAAAAACACUUGGAAGUUCGGUCAGGUUUUGACCAUUUAGAAAGAAUCGCUGCAAAAGCACCUAAACACAAUGAAUUUGUAGAUCCUAAAGUACAAGAACUUUGGCACAUGGCCAAAGAGUCUAAGUUUUCUGAACAAGAACUUGAAUCUUUAAGAGAGGAGCUUUUUCAUUAUGAAACAAGAUUAUUAAAAUUACGUCAUAUGCACACUGAAGCAGCAUUAGAAGCAGCCAGAAAAGGAAAAGAUUAUUACCCAGAUGCUUCAUCGUACAAUCAAAUCAAAAUCCAUACAAGAGACAUAGAAAAAAUGCAUCAAGACAUUGAAGAGAAAAUAUACUCUAAACAUGGAGAACUCUAAAUGCUUAUUUUGUUGCUAGUAAUUAUAAGUUUUAACUUGCUAAGUGUUUUUAUUAUGUAAUGCAAACGUUAAUUAAUUGAUGUAAAAAUAAUAAUAAUUUUUUACGAAUAAAUACAUAUUCUGUCCUAUUGUAUGUGAUGACAUUAUAUUGUGAUAAAAGAACAAUUUUUUGAACAUUUUUAUAAUUUUAUAAAUACAUAUCAUUGUUUAUACUUGAAUAAA